UUUAACAAGAGAAGUCACAUGCACACUGAAAAAUGGCUGACAACUGCCAUGCUUAAUGCACUUAAACUUUCCUUGAAAGAAGGAAGCAAAAUGGAGUUAGCUCUGGAUGAAGAGGAUGGCACUUUCACCAACAUUUCUUUGGCAGAUGAUUCAGAACAUCGCUCAGGAAUAUACUGCUCAAAAGUGGAAAGCGCCCAUUCUACAAUGAUGAAUGCUGACAUGGAUGCUGUUGAAGCUGAGAAUCAGGUGGAGUUAGAAGAGAAAACACGGCUUAUUAAUCAAGUUUUGGAACUGCAGCACACACUUGAAGAUCUGUCAGCACGAGUAGAUGCUGUCAAGGAAGAAAACUUGAAACUGAAAUCAGAAAACCAAGUUCUUGGACAGUAUAUAGAAAAUCUGAUGUCAGCAUCUAGCGUUUUCCAAACAACUGACACAAAAAGCAAAAGGAAGUAAGAGUUGAUUCACUAUGUCAUUGUAUUGCUGCUGUCUUUUUUGUUUUAAUUUGCAUAGGCUACAUGAGCUAAAUACCUUAGUUUGUGGCUUUACUGGAUACCUGAAGAUUGUAAGCUUCAGUGAUAAAACAGAAUUAAGAGCAUUGUCAUGAACAGGAGACAAGUUUGUGUAUUGUUAAGAUUAAGCAAUGUGCAAAUGUAGUGUAGAAACUAACUAGGCUUUCAUAUUUAUGUUUUAAAAAUUAGCAUAUCUUGUUAAACUGGAUUCAGUUUGCCAGGUUAAACAAACGUGUUUGUUGGUUACCUUUGAGGUUUUAGGGUAGUGUUGACUAGCAAAAUAAUGCAAUUAUAAAAUGGAAGUGUUAAAACCUUAUUUGAUAUAAAUAUUUGAAGUCUAAUUGCAUCACCUUUUUCACCUCAAGUAUACUUAGAUUGCUGUAUAGUACUAUCCAUAUCUCUGCAAAGCAACUUUAAACAAAAACCUAUAAACCAGUUAGUAGUUUCUGUGAAGUAAUAACAGUAUAACAUUCUUUGCAGGGCUUGUGGAUGUGAUUUUUUUUUUCUUUUGAUAUAGAGAAAGAAUUAAGAUUUGGGGGGAGGGGGAAGGGUAACAGAAGGGGGAGCAAGGAUAAGCAACUCACGUCAGGGAAAUACUGAACUGAUGCAAUAUCAGACUGUUUAUAAUUUAUAAGAUGCACACUUCAAACCAUUUUCACUUCCCUAGUUCCUCAAAGAAUGAUCAGGCACUGCAUCAUAAUGUAUGAUCUUCCAAAAGGUUUUCACUUGUGUGAUUAAGAGUUACAAAAACGCCCAGUAAUAAGCUUGACAGAAACAGAAAGCCAACAACGCUCCUCUUGCUCAUUCUGAAAAAUCUGUAGUGAGGAACUGAGAACAAAUCUUUUCUUGCCACCUUUUACCUUCCUCCUGAAGUGCCAAACUUGUCUUUGCUUCAGGCCUUAGAGCAACAGUUUUCCUGCCACAAAGCCUAAGCUUGUAAAGUACCUCUUGAGGAUAGCACAAAACCGUCAAAGUCAGAAGAGGCGGCAGUGGUAGAGGUGGCUCUGCCUCUCAGUCUGAGCCGCUCCAAGCGGUGCCUAGUGUCAAGGUGUCCUGUCUUAUGCCGGCUGGGUUGUCUGUUAGCAGGCUUUGUAGGGGUGCGAAGCCCUCAUGGGCCUCAGCACUUCCCAGAGAGAGGGCACAUCUAGCAUGAUCAGUAUUAAAAAAAAAAAAAAAACAAAAAGAACAACAGAAGCUGAAAUACAAGCAACAAUGUAAAUUUUAUCACAUCUGUUUCAUCUUGCCAGUAGCAGCUUACCAGACUUGGUAGGGAUGUUAUCCAAAACUCAUGUCUGUCUCUUAGGUAAUGAAGCCAUUUUACGUUACCUUUUAACAAAGGGAAACAGUUCAAGGUUCUCUUUCAUCUUUGCUGUGCUAGAUUCUGAAAAACAAAGCUGCAAGAAUUGCAUGAGCGAGUGGAUGCAAUGGUAGAAUAAACCGCAUUUUGAGAUGGCUUAUCUCUGCAGCUAAGCACUGUUCUUCCUCAACUGCAAGCAGACCUUGUGAGGUUCCCUUCCCCUGAGAGAGGUCUCCUGUUUGUCUCUGUUUAAAGUGGCUGCAUAGCACUCAUUACUGGAGUGUCAGCAUCAAAUGACUGCAAACAAAGUACUAAUUAUGUCUUAAGGGUUGACUGUAAGUCUGAGUCAAGAAACCUGAUUAUGAAAAUUUUUUGGGUAGUGUUGGGAACUUCACCUGCCAAGGCAAAUGGCUGACUUCAUUUAUGUGAUGGGGGUCCUAUAACCAUCUAAAAUUAUUUUAAUCUUCUAUGGACUGUUGUCUUUUACUGCCUAUCUAGAGCUCCGAAUACACCCAAGAAUUGCUAGCAGAUAGAAUUAGUCACCCGGCUAGUAACCUACUUGGUGUCUCAAGGGUUUGAGGAUUAAAAAAAUAAAUACAUAAAAAUAAAAACAUCCCGAGCACUUGACUUCUAAAAAUUACAUUUCAUUAUAGCCAUCCUAGCAUAAAAGCCAUGUCACUACACGUUUUCAUCUGCACUGUAAGAGAUACCUUCCAAUGUCAAGUGGUAACAGAGCAUGCACUUGUUAAACUUCAGCAAUUCUCCUGAGAUCAAGUAAUCUUAAAAUCAUGGGUUUUGUAUUGUAAGACUGGAUAGUGAUAUUUUAUCCAUCUAUGUAUAUAGCGGUCAUUUCAUCUAUAAACAUUCAACAUCCCACUAUUGUGGCCUUCAUUUAACUUAUGAACAUUUUAAAGAUGUUGUAUUUCUGACUUUACACUAAAUAAAAGCUUUUGAUUUGUCUGAA